AUGGAUGAUGAACCUGAGCGAACAAAGCGAUGGGAAGGAGGUUAUGAAAGAACAUGGGAGAUUCUUAAAGAAGAUGAAUCUGGAUCCCUUAAACCUACGAUAGAAGACAUUCUCUUCAAAGCCAAGAGAAAAAGAGUGUUUGAGCACCAUGGACAAGUUCGACUUGGAAUGAUGCGCCACCUUUAUGUGGUAGUAGAUGGAUCAAGAACAAUGGAAGACCAAGAUUUAAAGCCCAAUAGACUGACAUGUACUUUAAAGUUGUUGGAGUAUUUUGUAGAGGAAUAUUUUGACCAAAAUCCUAUCAGUCAGAUUGGAAUAAUUGUAACUAAGAGUAAAAGAGCUGAAAAACUGACUGAACUCUCAGGAAAUCCAAGGAAACAUAUAACAUCUUUAAAGAAAGCUGUUGAUAUGACCUGCCAUGGAGAACCAUCUCUUUAUAAUUCCUUAAGCAUGGCUAUGCAGACUUUGAAACACAUGCCAGGACAUACAAGUAGAGAAGUCCUGAUCAUCUUUAGCAGUCUCACAACGUGUGAUCCAUCUAAUAUCUAUGAUUUAGUCAAGACUCUCAAGGCAGCUAAAAUUAGAGUGUCUGUUAUUGGAUUGUCUGCAGAGGUUCGAGUCUGCACUGUGCUUGCUCGUGAGACUGGUGGAAUAUACCAUGUUAUUUUAGAUGAAAACCAUUACAAAGAAUUACUGACACAUCAUGUGAGUCCUCCUCCGGCCAGCUCCAGUUCUGAAUGCUCACUUAUUCGCAUGGGAUUUCCUCAGCAUACCAUUGCUUCUCUGUCAGACCAGGAUGCAAAACCUUCUUUCAGCAUGGCGCAUUUGGACAGCAGUGCCGAGCCUGGACUUACCUUAGGAGGCUAUUUCUGCCCACAGUGUCGGGCAAAGUACAGUGAGCUCCCUGUUGAAUGUAAAAUAUGUGGUCUUACGUUGGUGUCUGCUCCCCAUCUGGCACGCUCUUACCAUCAUUUAUUUCCUUUGGAUUCUUUUCAAGAAAUUCCCAUGGAAGAACAUAACGUCUAUGUUUGUACUGCGUGUCAAAAUGUUUUCUGUGUGGACUGUGAUAUUUUUGUUCAUGACUGUCUCCACUGUUGUCCUGGAUGUAUUCAUAAGAUUCCAACUCCUUCAAAUGUUUGA